AUGAAGUUUGCCCUGCUUAUUUCGCUUGCUUCGCUCGCCGUGGUGGUUCAUGCCAACCAGGGCUCUUUCAACGAGGAAACCACGCGCGUGUGCGCGGGAAUGUACUCCCGUGAAGACUGGCAGGGGAACAUUGACCCCUACAUCUCCGUCUACCUCGACCAGUACAAGGCUGCCGACUCGCUGAACGUGUCAGUUUCCAUGGUGGUGUUGCAGUACCGCGAUUACCACUUACUCGGGAUCCCAAACAAGAACAAUCCCAACAAAAAAACCUACAUCUGCGACAGCGCCGCUAUUGCCGCCGGGUUGUGCGAGGAAAAGUCACGCAACCGCGUGCUCAUCAACCAAGAGCUUGCGAACAGUACCAUACAUUCGCAGAUCAUGACGACAUAUGUCACCAGCUUGGGCCAAACAACCUUGAAAUACCAAAUCAAGCACACCGGGUAUUACUGCGUGUUCACGUACUCCCACGAGGCAGAGUCCUACUCCGGAACGGUUGACUUCCGCAACGCGUUUGGCCAGCUAUCGGCGUCUGAGAUUCCAAAAUUGCCGCUCUACGGGAUGCUUGCGAUCUUUUACGGGGUUGGUUUGGCGCUCUAUGCAUGGGCGUUCUACAGACAUCGCGCCGCGAUCUUACCGUUACAAAAGUACUUGGUGGCAUUCUUUGGAUUCUUGACGGCCGAGACUAUCUUGAUUUGGUCAUACUACGACUUGCAGAACCAGCAGGGCCUCAAGAAGGGCGUGUUGGUUUACAUGUUCUUCAUCGCCAUCCUCAACUCCGUCAAGAUUUCCUUCUCGCUCUUUCUCUUGCUUUUGAUUUCCUUGGGGUACGGGGUUGUGUACCCGAAGUUGAGCAAGAAGGUCAUGUUAAGAUGCAAGAUCCUCGCGGGCUUGACCUUUAUCACGACUGCGGUGUAUGUCGCCCCCGACUACAUCGUGAAUCCCGACUCCAAGAGCUUGGCUGCGUUCUUUGUGGUGGUGCCGGCUGCCGUGACCUUUGCUGUUUUUUAUGUCACCAUUCUCACCUCCAUGCGCACCACCACCACGUUCUUGCGUGAACAGAGACAGGUGAUCAAAUUGCACAUGUACCAGACGCUCUUUAACGUGAUUUUCGCAUCCAUGAUUGUCAUUUUCCUCGGUAUGUUUGCUUCCACCUUUGUCUACUUUGGCUACUCGUCAGUUGACACGAUCGAGAGCCACUGGAAAUCGCGUUUCUUCAUCUUCAGCUUCUGGCCGUCGAUCGCGUACUUCUUUGUGUUCACCAGUGUCGCCUUUAUCUGGAGGCCGACCGCGGACUCCUACAUGUUGGCUGUCAGCUCACAGUUACCCACCUCUGCCGACCAGGCGAACGAGUUCGACUUGGACGACUUGAGCUUGAUGAGCGACGGCGAGGAGGAUCAGAGAAAUACCCGUCGCAACGACAGUUUCGACCUUGACUUGGAGGAGGACCACGCUCAGUAUGCUGCGUCUACCACCGCUGUAGCCGAAGCGCCUUCCAAGGGCGAGACCAAAGUCAAGAGAUCGCUUGAUGAUGAUGCGACAAUGUUCCAGUUGGAGGAUGAGGGGUUGUUUAGCGACGAUGAGGACCGCACUAAAAAGAGCAAUUAG